UCGUUUACCUUUCAGUCAUUCUCCAGGCGUCGAACGGAAUGAACUUCGGGUGGCGAGCUGGCAGUUUUUCUCACUCAGCCUAGGGCCGGCGACGUUAUGGCUUUGCCAGCGCGUGUGUCACACUCGGCUCGCUUUUAUUUGUCGGUGUCCGUUUCUAUUUAAAGGGCUUUUUGUGAUCCAAGGGGAAAAAGAUUUUUGUAAUUUUGCCCAAUUUCCACCUUCGUCUUUGUCCACUUUUUGGGUUCGGAAUGUUGGUCGCGAUGACGGCGAUGCUCGUUUCCGUCGCGGAGCUCUCCAACAUAAUGUCCGUCGUCGCUAUUCUAGUGUUGUUGUGUGGGAUGGUCGUCUUCAUUAUGAAGUUUUCAAGACAUAUGACGAUAUUCUGGCUUCACGGAGAAGACAUCAUGUUCGGGAGCGGCGGUGUCCACAAUGUCCAGCAGCGCAUACCGCAAAUGAAAAUGAUGAAGGUGCACAUCCCGUUCACAUUUAAACUUCAAGAAACUUCAACGUCUUCAUAUCAAGAAGUGCGGUGUACAGUUUCGAGCCAGGUGUGCUAUAGACUUUUAGCGUAUUGGGGAGUGUCUAUAAGGGAGCUUCACCUUUUCUUGUGGAGGCCUUGGACUAUAAUAAACAGUGCCAUAGACCAGGGGUCUCUCCUCCUCGGUCAUUAUCAACAAAAAGGAAGCGAAAUAAGAGAGAUGAGUCAUGGAGAUAAGAUUCUUACCAUGAGUUUACCCAAGGAGCCGCUGGAUUUGGGAACUCCCCCUAGGCUCUACUAUCCUUUGGUCAUAUUCCUCGUCCGAGACACUCCUGGGACCCUUCACCCAGAUGAAACAGUUGCUCUUAUAAAUGUAGUACAUAUAAAAGAUGCAGUGUGUACUUUGCCUACAAGCAUCCUCGCCCAAUAUCUGAAACAGGCGAAUGGACAGUUAUCCUGCUUGAAGCAACUCUAUCUUGCAACUGGAAAUCCUCUCAGCUACGAAACAGGACUAGAUUUGGUAGGAGACGGAAUAGAACAACUCUGCGUUGUUUGCCAGUAUUUUCCUCUCUCGCGUGCCUUGCUUCCCUGCAGACACACAUGCAUAUGUGCCUCCUGUUUUGGGAAAUUAGACACAUGUCCGAUGUGCAGGACUCCCAUAAAAUCUUACUUUUGCAUCAGAAGUGAAGAAUAUUUACCCGAAUGUGACAAAUCCGGUGCUCCUCCAUCGAAAGCCGAACCCAUAACCCAGUGGCUUCAAGACAGGCUUACCGACUUCUUAGGCUUCCACCAAUGAACAACCCUUCAACAAAAAUUUUCCUCUCACUCAAAUAUUUGUUUCGGGCCCUAGAGCAUUUUAAGAAUAGAAAUUAUUAUUGUGAUGUCUACCGAAUGAAUAAAUUUUGUUGUAAAAGACGUCUUUUGGUGGAAAUUAUUUAUGCAUGGUUUUUGCGAAUUGAAGAAGGCAUGGAUCUCUUUUUUCUUUCUUUUUUUACAGUUUUUUUUGUGUUUUUUCUGGUAAAGUUAUUACAAUAUUAUAGUAAAUUAUAAUUUUUACUUGCCAUUUAACACAAAAUGUUUGUUUUCUCUCUCUCAAAUUGUUAGUUUCUAUGAAAUGAUUUAUAUACACUGCUCCACAAAAAAAAA